AUGAAAGCAGUGGGAGGCAACGUGACACUCAGCGACGGUGGAAAGCUCCUUCUAGAACGUCUUCAGUCCCAAUCCGAGACGCCCCUCUGGGUCCUCGCCUGGGGUGGUACGAACGUUCUGGCCCAGGUGUUGUACAAGAUCCACCAGAACUACUCGUCCGAAGACGCGGCUGCCAUGCGUUCCAAGCUGCGUGUGUAUGCCAUCUCCGACCAAGACGACACAGGUCCCUGGAUCCGUCGCAACUACCCAGACAUCUUCUACAUUUCGUCUACGCAUGGAUGGAAUCAAUAUGGUAUGGCCACCUGGAUCGCCAUCUCCGGCGAGACGUACUACAAUAAGGACGAGGGUGUUCCAAAUUCAACCACCGUGACCCAUGAGUGGCUCCGCGACAACAUCCAGAUUGGACCCUACGGGAGUGUGGCUUAUCCCGAUUUCAAGUUUAUCAUGGAAGGCGAUACCCCAACUUUCCUGUACCUGAUCCAGAAUGGUCUGGGUGACUCCGAGAACCCCGGAUAUGGAUCUUGGGGUGGAAGAUAUACCAAGGUAGAUCCAUCCACGGCCGUCGACUAUAACCACUACAGCGAUGCAGCAGAUCGCGUGGUCGGUUGCAACAACAAGACCUUCAGCUCCAACUAUGCUACUAUUUGGAGAUGGCGUGACGCUUACCAGAACGAUUUCGCCGCUCGCAUGCAAUGGACUCUCCCGGCGAACAGUAGCAUGGCGAACCAUCACCCCGUUGUCUCUGUUAAUGGAAGCAAGGAAUUGGCUGCCUUCAAGGUGACGGCUGCAGCAGGCUCGACGAUUAACCUCGAUACCGCUGGGACUUAUGAUCCCGAUGGCGAUAAGUUGUCGUACAACUGGUUCCAGUACGAAGAACCGGGGUCCGAUGAUUGGAACGUGGCAGGACAGGUCCCUGCACUGAACUUGACUACAGUACAAAAUGGCCAACAAGUACAGGUCAAGAUUCCCGCUUCCGAGGACAGCUGCAAUGGAAAGGGAGAUAACCCGUCUGGUUGUUGGUUGCUGCAUUUGGUUCUGGAGGUCAAGGAUAAUGGCAUUCAUCCCUUGACAACUUACCGUCGGGUGCUGAUCCAGACUACUAACCAGACGAUUUCUACUUGA